GCUAAGAAGUUUAUUUAGUUGGUGUAGACUCAGUUUGGCAAAACUGUUAAGAUACUUCAAUUUGACCUUGGCGGCGAGUAUAAUUCCAAUGAACUCGUUGGUGUUUUUAAGGCAGAGGGCAUCUACCUUAACAGUCAUGUCCUCGACUAUCUCAUCAAAAUGGGGUUUUUGAGCGUAAGAAUCAUCAUGUCCUGGAAGUCACACGAGCUAUUCUUUUUUUUUCUCGCGUGUGCCUACUGCUUUGUGGGUUGAAGUUGUGCAUACCAUUGUCUAUCUUAUAACCCGCCAUAUCACUCCAUUAUUGGGUCAACACUCUCAAUAUCAGGUUCUCUAUUCGAAGCUUAUUAUUCCUUCUCUUGUGUGUUCCGGUGUAAGUGUUUUGUUCUACUACAAAGGAAGGAACGUCAUAAGCUAGCUCCGAAGGUGGCUCGGUGAGUGUUUGUGGGUUAUAAUAGUGAGAAACACAAGGGACAUAUGUGCUAUGAUUCGGUUUCACAUCGUAUGAGGAUUGUUUAUCAUGUUAAAUUCAAGGAACAUGAUAUGUACGAUCAUUCUUCACAUUCCGAGGCCAACACUACCGAAGCACUUGAGUUCUUAACUCAUUGGCCGAGUUUUGAAUCUUCACCACUAUCUUCACUUGCUGAAAAUCCAGCCGAGUCGAGCACCAGUGCAGACCAUUCUUCCUCACUACUUCUGCUUCUUCAUCGUCUUCUACCUCCUCCUCCGGAGUCUCGUCCACCUCUCCACUAUGAUCUUCGUCAUCUGGGUCAUCUACUAGCACAUCACCUAGCUCCUCCUCACAUGGAUCUUCUAAGCAUGAGUCGACUGCUUACGAGGGAGGGUCUCCUCCUCCCGUUCAAUAGGUAGCUCCCUUCCGCCGCUCAAACAGGGCAACUCUGGGGCAUCCCUCUCUACGUAUGGAGGACUUUAUGGGAGUAGCUACUCAUCUUCACCUGGAGACUAUUCAUCAACUUCUGAGGUACUUGAAGCAGACUGCAGAUGUCACGAUAUUCUUCCCGGCACAAGGCGAAUCAACUACUGAGGCUUUUGCCGAUGCUGACUAUGUGGGGUGUGUUGAUACUUGAAAAUCCACUUCAAGAUGAUGUAUUAGGAUUGGACAGUCCUUUGUGUCAUGGAGGUGUAAGAAGCAAGACAGAGUAUUGAAGUCUUCCACAGAAGCUGAGUGUGGGUCCAUGUCAGAAGUUAGCUCGUAGGUAGUUUGGAUGAAACGAUUACUAGAUGAGUUGGGGGUACAUCGUCGAGUUACUAUGCGUAUAUAUGGGGAUAAUACUAGUGUGAUUCAGAUUGCGCUGAAUCUUAUUCUUCAUGACAGGACGAAGCACAUCGAGGUUCACUUCCAUUGCAUUAGACAGUUGAUGGCAGAGAGAGUUAUACAGGUUGGCUAUCUUUCGACGGGGAACCAGACAACUGAUCUCUUAACAAAGGUUAUUUCGAAAAGUCGUCAUUUGUACUUAUCUUCCAAAUUGAUGUUGCGUACCUCACAUCAAUUUGAGGAAGGGUGUUAAUUUAUGUUAUUAAAAUGGAUAUCAUUAUGUAUCACACAUAAAAUAAGUUUUAUCUGCACCAAAAUAUUUGACUUUGGAGAUGAAACAAAAGAUUAUGGUCCAAUUAUGAAUCAUUAGACUUGGCAUCUUGGUGGAUUAGGGGCGGGUUCAUAGCAUCUGUUCCUCCUCCUUUAUCCCUAACAGAUUUCCCCGUACCCAGUCGUGGACAUUAAAUGGGGAUGUCACAGAUCACGUGACUAUCAAAUGAUGGAUUCGGGUAACCACUCUACGUUAUUCGUAGAAAAUAAUAAAAAAUUAAUAUUUAGAUAAAUAGCAUGCAAGGAUGUAAGGCUGCAAGGCAUCAAAUUCAUUAAAAAUGAAUAAAAAUGGUCAAAUCAUUCAAUAAAAAACAACAUUAUAGUAGCCUCCAAGGUUGCAAUCUAUAUCCCACCACCCAGAACCUAGAAUUCGAAUUCAGUUCAACAUCUACUAUUUUAGAAAUAUCAAAGAAAAAAGCACACAAAGGCAACAAGCCAAUGACCAUUGUUCAAACUUGAAACAAAACUAUAAUUAAUGAUCCAAACUAGGUGAAUAGCAUUCCAAUAUCCAGCAACCGAAUUUGAGAUUUAUAAGACCAUAUCAGAAUCAAACUAGGUGAAUAGCAUUCCAAUAUCCAACAACCGAAUUUGAGAUUUAUAAGACCAUAUCAGAAUCACUGCAACUUUGCAAGAAACAAACAAGAUGGAAAAAUACGAGGAAACAUAAACAAGCUAACAAUUUGUUGUCGAUUAUUGAUGAAAAUAUCAAAACAAACAAGUUAGUUUGAUAGUCAUUUGUACCUCGUCUUCCAUUGUUUCAAUACUCAGUCAUCUAGGCAGAAUAGUGAAUUCAACAUCACACGUUCAUGAGCUAUGAUCCAUAUAUCUUUGUUUAGCUACGCAGUUAAUAACAACAUUUAAUUGAAUCUCAAUAAAAACUAACUUACUCCCAUUCUCUUGAUCUUCAGUAGUUGGAUCUUGAAUCGAUAGACCUGUAAAUACUCCUUACAUUGCCUCCACACUAGCCUCUGAUUCUGCAGAAAUAAAGUAAAUUGUUAACU